AUGGUCGAAAAUGGAUGCAGCCUAUUAAUAAAAAAUUUAAGCUUCCAAACCAGUCCAGAUAAAAUCAGAAAAAUCUUCCAGAGCUUUGGAAAAGUACGAGAUGUGUAUCUCCCCCUAGACCACUACACAAGGAGGCCGAGAGGCUUCGGUUUUGUAGAGUAUUAUGAACCACAGUAUGCAAAAGAAGCCUUAACUAUUUUGAACAAUUCGAAGAUAGAUGGCAAGGAAAUUAAAAUCAUCGUUGCUCAAAACAGGAGGAAGUCCCCCGAGACGAUGAAGAUGUACCAACACAAUGCACGUGAGGGUAGAUACAGAAGGCAUCGUUAUCGGAGUGACAGUGGGGGAAAAAGAAUUCACAGAAGUAGAAAUAGAUCAACUGAACAGGAGAAACACAGAUAUGAUGGAAGUAAGAGUCGUAUAAUGCAUAAGAUGAACAAAAAGGAAAAAAGACUGAAGAGGGAAAAAAUGACUAGCAGAUAUCGGUAUGGUAAGAAGUACGUGGAGAGCGUUUCCACCUACAGCGCGUCUUCUUCGUACCGUUCGUCUUACAGCAGGGGAAGUAAUCGUCGGAGUAGCAGAAGCCGAGACAGAAGUCGAAGCCAAAGCCGAGAGCGACGCGCGGUAAGGAGUACGAGCAUAACGACCAGCUACAGCAACAGGUACAGCCACAGUUACAGCGCCAGCAGCUACGAAAGCGACAAAGGAAGAAGAAAAACCAAAAGGAAGAGCCCCAAACGGGGACAAAGAAAGGGCCAAAAGGAGGGAACCGCCAAAGCCAUGAAGAGGGAGAGCAGCGAGACCUUCAGAGAAAGCGUCAGUCUCAGCAACAGCGAGGGGGCAAACAGAGACGGCGGCCCCGUAAAGUACCCUCAAGAAGGCAUCGAAAGAGGAAGCGGAAAAGACCCGGGGAAGGACCCCCCAAAAGACAUGCGCGGACAAAGCUGUAAAAGCUUUUCUCGCAGCGGAAAGAGCCAGGAAGGUAAUAAAGACUCGCAGAAGUGCGCUUCCAAGAGAGGAAGCUACUCCACCGAGGAGGAAAAUCAACCUGGGGAAAAGACCCACCACGACGGAGAGUCACUCAAACGUGGAGAAAGAGUGAAAACAAUCAAAACGAAGAAAAGAACAAAGUCAAUUAACAAUUCCACUGAAGAUACAAUCCCCUCCAGGGACCCAGACGGAAAAAAGAACUCAAAUGAGGAACCACCACAGCUGAGUUCUCAAGAGCGCCCAACAAAUGGACAGAAUAAACAACCAUACUUUCUGGACCGUUUGGAAGAGAAUAAAACAAAAAAAAAAAAAGGAACAAAAAAAAAAGCUAAGUCUCUAAGUCCUAGUAGCACCAGUGAUGUAAUCUCUGAAGGCGUGACUCAAGAGGAAGCAAGAGGCGAAGCGUAUUCAGAAAGGGAGUCACCACCUGCAAAGAGGGUACAGCGAAAACGCAGCAAUAACAACUGCAGUAGGGAUAAAAAGAGUGGCUAUUCCCAAGGGGCAGAGGAGGAACAGUCCUCCCCCCGCGUGACAGAACAAAAACGCAUAUGCCUGUCCAUUGCAAGAAGCACAAACAGCGGAAGUAACACAGACAGAACACAGAAGGAUCAUCUACGAAGUGGUGAAGCACAAAAUGGUAACGGAGUGAACACAAAGAACAAAUCGAGCAGUAGUGCCACGGGGAAGGAGAAUAGGGUCCACCUAAAGGAGCACUUGGAAUUGUCUCACCUCAGCCGAUAUGAUAAUGCAAAUGGGGGGGACAACUCCGACUCUGGGGAAGACUGCAUUGGUGGUGAUGCCAACUCGUCCAGCAGGAUUAGCAGGAUCAGAAGCACUAGCAGCAGCUGCAGAGAAUACAGAGGAUGCAAAAAAAGACAGAAGCAAAAAUAUCCACACAAAGGGAAGAAUAAAAAAAGAAUUAAUGAGAGCCAUUCAACGGAUAGGUCCAGCACGGCGGAGAAGAGAAGCGUUCGUAGUCGAUCUAAGGAAGGGAAAAGAGGGAAAAAUGACAACGGAGACAGAAAGAUGAUGCAGAAUGGACGAAGAAAGAGAGGAAGAGUAACCUUGAGCAUAAAUGACAGUAGAGGUGGAUCCAAUGGAGGGGGAAAAGUCAGGGAAAGGAAAACCACCACUAGAGUGAGAGACCGAGAAGCGACCAGUGGGGACACAACACGGGAACGAAGCCGAGAUAGUGAAGGUGAAUCACCUGGACGCGCAAAAAUCACCCUGCGGAAAAAUAACACCCGCUGCAGCAGUAGCGGUAGCCCCGUUGAAGGGGAGAAGAAAAGGGGCAACACCCACUGUAAGAGUGGAACAGCGCACAGAAGUAGAAGUAUCUGUGACGAUGCGAUGGAGCAGCCAGAUGGGAAAAAUGGCGUCUCGAAGAGGAAAAGGAGCAGCAGCGGUAGCGGCAGUGAUGGCCAAAGCGAUGACGAAAGUGAUGGCCGCGACACACGGCGGUUAAAACGAGGACGCAUGUCCGAAGACGAAGAAGACACACCCCGCGAGAAGCGCAGCCGCCAGGGCAAGAAGACCCGAACGGCUAGCAACUCGAUUGAUAAAACGAAACAGACGAAAAGUGAGAAGCUGAACAGAGGGGAGCUACAAGAGGGGGACUUGAAAAAAAAGUCCAAGAGAACCAAGUCCAAAAAGGAGAAAUCCACAAAAGGGAAGUUCACAAAAGGGAAAUCAUCAAAAGCGAAGUCCACGAAAGCCAAAUCCACAAAAGAGAAGUCCAGGAAGACGAAAUUCACAAAAAUCAAGUCGCCAAAAAAAUCGUAUGACAGCUCGACGUACAACCGAAGCAGCAGAAGUAGGUCCUCUGCCGGAUCGUCCAUCGAGAGUAGUAGUUCUCACAGCGAGUCGUCUAAGAUGGAAAAAAGUAUGAAGCACUUUUCUGCGAAAGGUUCCAAGGGGAAGACACAAAAACGGGACGUCCGCAGGGGGGGGGCAAGAAGGAUAGACAGCGACACGUCUGAUGAUAGCUCCUCCUCCGUCAGUUGUGGGGACUCUUCAGCGGUUCGAAGAAAGCGUUAA